AUGUUCUCAUUAUUGAUUUUCUUAAAUGUAGUUUUGAGUUAAGAAAUUAAAAGAUUAACUAUUGGUCAUAGAGUUGAAGGGUAAAACAAUAAUUGAUUGAUAAGUACUUAAGCGAAGUGGCUAAAUUAGAAUGGAGACUAUUAUGAGCUAAUUUUGUCAGAAAUUAAAAGUGAUUCAGAUAUUGUAGUUAUGGUAAAGGCAAUAAAUCCAGGAGGAGAUCCAAACAUUUUUAUAUCAAAAGAAAAUAAAUAUGCCAGCAAUGAAUAAGAAGGAGAAAUAGCUUCAUGUACAUCAAAAGGAAAUGGUAAAUAUAUUCUAUAUUCAAUAAGAUUUGUGUAUUAUUGAUAAAUCUAAAUUGAUGAGUGGUAUUCCUUAUUACAUAUCAGUAAUUUGUACUGGGAAUUGUAGAUAUGAUUUAAGAGUGGAUUAUGAUGAAGAAUACACAUUAGAAAAAAGUAAAUAAGAGAUAUUUAUAAUAAUUAGAUGAUUUUACUUAAUUUAAAUUAACUGAUAAUUAACAAAGUGAGAUUAUAAGGAUUAAUGUUGGUGAUUAUAGUAAAUCUGAAGUGGAACUAGAAAUAGAAGUAAAGGCAUUAAAUAUUUAUGAAUUUGAAUCUGAAUUCUAAGUUUAUUUAAAUUUAGGAACUAUUGCACCAUCUUCAAAUUAAUAUUAAUUUAUAGCAAAAGAUUCAUGGAGUGGAUCUAAAUUAAUAUCUCUAUCAAUAUAAGAGUUACCAUAAUAAUCUAUAUUAACUCUAUUAAUAGCUGGUUAAGCUGGAGCAAUAUUUUAGAUUAAGACUCAUACUUCUGGAAUAUUGAGAGAAUUAAAAUUUUAAGAAGUAUAUAAUGGUAUAGUGGAAGUUGGUAAUGCUAGAAUUUUUAAAGUAAAGAUUCAAGAUAAUAAUUAUAAUGAUAUGAAUGAAAGUGAGAGGAAAAUAAAAUGGGUAAAUUUUAAUGAUAGAUUUAGUUUGUAAAAUUAACUCCAUUUGUUGGACAUGCUACUUUAUAUGCAAAUCCUGAUUAUUAACCAGUUCUAUUAGAAUAAUAUAAAUUUCAUUUUGAAAGAAUGACUCAAUAGGUUUUAAUAUUAGAAAAGUCUCAAUUCAAAAAUUAAGGUGGAAAUGAGAAAUAUUUAUAUAUAGCAGUAUUUGGAAAUGAAAUGUGUACAUAUGAAUUGGAAACUGGAAUUUAAGAUUUUGAAUUUCAAUAUAUUAGCAUUAAUGUUCCAUAUGAAGGUAAUAUUGAAAAUAAUGAAAUGAUUAAUUAUUGGUUUGUAUUGACAGGAAAUAAAACUAAGCCAGUUAUAAUAGAAUUGACAAAUUAUGAAGAAGAAUGUGCUUUAGUUCUUAAAAGAUGUUAUGAAGAUGAAUGCAAAAUAAUCUAAGAUGAUUUAAAUCAUUUAGAAGAGAAAUAUUCAGAAAAUUCAAUAGAUUUAUUUAUUUACACUAAUUCAACAAAAAAUAAUUAAUUAUUGGUGUUUAAUUAUGAUCCUGAUGUUUGUAAAGCUUUUGGUGAUUUUUAUAGUUGUACUUAUGUAUUAGCUAUAUAUCCAAGUAACACAAAUAUGUAAUAUAAUCGAUGUUAUUAUUCUAUUUUGAUAUCUACUCAAUCCUCACAUAUAAAAUUAAGGGAAAAUACACCUCAUAAAUCAAUGGUAGAAAGGUAUAAUUAUAAUUAUUUUAAAUUUAAUAUUGGUGAUACUCAAAAUAUAAAUAGAAUAUCAAUUCUUUUAACACCAAUUUAAGGAAGUUUUUAGAUCUAUUCAUCAACAACAAAUAAGAGACCAAAUAAAACAAGUUUUGAAAAAUAAGGAAUCAAUUAUAUUAUACGUUAUGGUGGGUAGAAUGAAAAAAUUGAAUAGGGAAUCUAUUAUAUUUCAGUAUUUGGAGAAACUGCAGGAUUGUAUACAAUCACAGUUGUUGUAAUUAGGGAAGGUGAUGAUUUUCGUAAAAAAGGUUAAUUUGCUUGGCAAUAUGUUUUAUUAUAUGAGGGAAGUCCUUAGGAUUUCACUCUUUUUAGUGGAGAAGUUGGUUUAUAUAAAAUUGAUCUUAUAAAUUUUAUAAGUAAAGAUGUAAGCAAAUAAAUAUAUCAUGAAAAUUUGAAAGUUGAAAUCUUGCAUGAAUCAGGUGAAUUAGUAAUGUAUGGUUUUGAUCAUCCAUCAUCUAAUAUAUCUGAAUCAAGAUGGAAAAGUUAAGAGGAAAUUGAAAUCUAAUUUAUAGAAGAAGAUUAUCCUGAAGUAAUUUAUUUGAGAGUAGAACCCUCUGAACCUUUUAGUUAAGUUUAAUUUAGAAUUAUUUAUAGAAUAGGAUGGAAAAACAAUAUGUUAGUUUUGAAUGAGAAUUUUUAUACUUGGAUAGAAGCAGGUGAUUAUUAAUAUUUCUAUUAUACUUUUUUUAAAAAUGAAGAUAUUUAACUUACUAAGAAAGCUCAUUCUUCUAAAGAUGAUUAAUUAGUAGUAACUGCAUUUGUUGGAAAUAAUCAACAUUAAUUAAUAACAGGAACAAUGAUAUUGAGUGCAUCUAAUAUGCCUCUUGAUAGAUGUAAAACUUCAAUUACAGAAAUCUUUUACUGUUAAGUUUAAAUCUAAGUCACAAGUUCUAUUAAUACCUUCUAUUCAUUACUAAUAUCCAAAGAUAACUCUUAAAUUUAAUUAACUGUAGAUGAACCUGUAACUUAGAAUUUACCUGCAUCAUUUCAUCAUUAUUAUUUAUUUUAUUAAUAAGGAUAUGAUGUUGUUUUGAAUGUUGUUAAUUUUGGAUAUCCAUAACCAUUAUAAAUCUUAGUUUCUGUAUUUGAUACUUAUCAAUAUCCAAAUAAAGGAAUCUAUGAUUAUCCUAUAAAUACAGAAUCUAAAAAUUUCAUUUCUACUUCAAAAACAAUUAUUGGAUUACCUCAUAGUUAAUUGACUCUUCAUCCAGAUUCCUUAUAAUUUUGUUAAUCUUCUUGUGUAUUAGCUAUCACAGUUAUGAAAGCAGAAGAUUUAGAAUAUUAUCCAACUAAAGAGUAGACUUAUUCUAUUUAAUAUUCAUCUGGAGCUAUUUCAUUGCCUGAAUCAAUAGCUUAUUAUGGAUCUAUUGAAAAAGAUGUUAUUAAAUACUAUAAAGCUUUUGUUUAUGAUGAUGAUAUAAAUCUUAUGAUUGUACUUACUCCAAUGUCAUCUUGUGAUGUUAAUAUUGUUGUCAGUAAGGAUAAAUAUCCAGAUAAUGAUUAAUAUGAUUGGGCAUCAAAAGAUUAUUUGGGUGAUUAAUUAGUUAUUGAAAGUGGUAAUCCCAAAUAUCCUGAUAUGCCUGGAGUCUAUUUUAUUGGUGUUAUUGGAUAUUCUACAUGUUCUUAUACUAUAGUAUAUCAAACUGGAAAAUUUCAUUAUUAUUAAAUUUAAUAAGGUAUUCCACACAAUAUAGUUCUUAAGUAAGGUGAAAUAGCUUAUUUUAAAUAUUAAUAAUAUAUUGUAGAAGAUUUCAAAAUAUUAUUCUAAAUUACUAGUGGAACUGCUGAAUAUUUUGUAGAUGAAUUGGUAGAUGAUUCAAAAGAAUCAGAUUCCUUUAUUAAAUAAAUAGAUACUUUCCAAUUUAACAAUGAUGGGAAAGGAUAUAAGAAAUAAAUGAAAUUUACACCAAAAGAGAAACAUAAAUAUCUUAUAGCAGUUAAAUCAGAAUAAGAUUCAGAUAUUAUAAUAGCUAUUCAAGUUAAUUCAACAAAAGUCUAUUUAGCAAAAGAUGUAAUAAUGAUAAAUUAACUUGAUCCAAAAGAAAAAUAAUAAUACAGUUAUUACAGUCCUUAUGAUACUGUUUUGAAAGUAGAAGUAUUAGAUGGAAAAGUUUAAGUUGAAUAUAGUGUUGACUCUUCAAAAGAACCCAUAUAAAAAACUGUGAGCAAGGAAACAACUUCUUAAGGUUAUAUUGAGGAAUUAAUGAAAGUUAAAUCUGAAUUUUCAAAUCUAUUUAAUAUCACUAUCUCUACUUUUGAUAAAAGUGCUACUUAUAAGAUAUAAUGUAGAGAUGUUUAAGGAACUAAAUUUAUAAAUGUUGGUGAAAUCUAUAAUAUUUUAUUACAUCCAAAAUAAUCAGAAAAAUUCAUUUACAAUAGUGUAUAUAAGAGUGAUGAAAAUACUUUUUCUAUUUUAAUUACUAUGUUAUUCAAUACUUAUCAAAAAUAUGAAUAUGAUAAAUAUAAAAAAGAAGUUCCUAAAGUUUAUGUAAAAUACAUUAAUUAAGAACAAAAAUCUCAUCAACUAUAUCCAAUUAAAGAAGCUUAAAUUUCUUAUUAUUAUUAUGCAGAAUUUAAGGAUCAUGCAGGAGAUUAUGAAAUAGAAAUUUAUAAUAAAAAUGAUUAGUUAUCUAUUGAUUUUAAUUUGAUCUUUAGUAAUAGUUUUCUCAAUAUAUUGGUUCCUGGUUAAAAAAGUAUUAGUAUAUUAAAAUAAUAACCAAAAUAUUGGGAAUACUUUUGUCCAUCUGAAGGAAAAUUAUUAUUAUAAGUACAGUAAUGUGGAUCACCAUUAAAUUUAUUCGGUUCCACUGAUAUUGAUCUAUUAAGAAAUGGAUAAUAUACUAAAUAAUAUUAAGUUACUGAUAGUUUAAUAGAAGUUAUUGAAGUCAAAAAAUCUGGUUAUUAUUAUUUAGUUACAAGUGCAAUUAAUUCUUAAUCAGAUUCAUCAACUCCAUUUACUAUAACUGCUCAACUUUUAAAAUAGGAUUCUUAUAUUCCAAUUAAUGAUAUUUAACCUGGAAAUGAUGGAAAUUUGAUAUGGGAGCUUGAAAAAAAAGAUGAUAAUUAUUAUCUUAAAGUCACUGGUUCAAAAUUAUAAAUCAAAAAUAAUCCAAAAUUUGAUGUUUUAUAGGUUGCAUACAUAUUAGUUUAUUAAUUUAUUGAGGAAGGUUAAUCAUAAACAUUUGAUUAUUGUUUUGAUACUUAUAAGUAUGAAAUAUAAUAUUAAGAUCUAUCAAAUCAAAAUGAUUUGACUUUUUCAUUAAUUUAACAAUUAGAUGAAAGUAAACUUGUUGAUGCUUAAAUGAUAUAAUUUAAUGUCUAUACUGAUUGUAAGAUUAUAUUCUAUAUUUUCUAGCUAUUCUAUAAUUAAGAAAUUAAGAAACAAUUCAUUUAGAAAAAUUCUAUAAACCUAUCAUUUUUAAUAAUGAAUACAUAAAAUAAUUGAGAUGGAAAAGAUACUUUAAAUAUACUUUUGGUUUUAUAAUCAUAUUUGGACUUCUAUUUAUAUUGAUAAAUUAUUAUAGAAAGAAAAAAAAUGAAGAAAAGUAUAUAUUAUAAAAUAAUCUUAGAAUGAAAUUCGAAGCAACUAAUUAUCCUAACAUAGAAAUGCAUUACAGAGGUUUAAAUGAUUGA